AUGGUGUUGGCAGAGAGUGAGCUGCACCACAGGAAAGCUGAGAAAGCGUACUCACAGCUCCAAAACGACACAGAGUGGGCCAAAGCCAACAGUGACUGACAUGUUAUAAAGUAUGUGUAGAUUUGCAGGGCAUGAUGUACACACCUAACCUAACUCACUUCAACAUUAACUACCAAAGGCAGCUAUCAAACUACAACCUUUGCGUUCAAGAGUUAGGAACAGAGGAGCCUGCAACUAUGUGCAUUUGGCAUGCUAUGGCCAGAACAACAACUGGCGAAUGCUGA